ACCUCCCUACCCUCUAUGGUACAGCCGCUGCCACAGCAGACACGACCAACUCCAACAGUACUGCUGAAGGCGACCCGGGAGGAGGGGAAGACGACACCAUCAGUCGUCCGGAUAAAGUCUUCCCCUUCAUAGAGUUCAACACUCAUCCACCACAGUUUGAGGAACGGCCCAGGGACCAGCGAGUGAUGAGUGAUCGCGUGGCGUCCUUCACCUGCCGCGCUACGGGGAGUCCCGAGCCCAAGAUCCAGUGGCGCAAGAACAACCGUCGCAUUAAUGGCAACUCACGCCUCAUCGUGGUGCAGGUGCCCGGUGGCUCCAUUCUCAGGAUCGAGCCUGUCAAGUACCAGAGGGACGAGGCCGUGUACGAGUGUGUGGUGGAGAAUGCUGCCGGAGACACCAUCAAGGCCUCUGCCAAGCUGGAGGUUCUGUCUGAUGACCCGGGCUCCAUCCCAAACGGCUUCCCAUAUUUCCGGACGGAGCCCAAAACCAAGGCGGUGGAGAUCGACCACACGGCGCUGCUGGUGUGCGACGCGCGUGGCACUCCGGAGCCGACCAUUACCUGGUACAAGGACCACCAGCCAGUUGACCUCACCAACCCUCGCUACACCGUCCUCAGAUCGGGGAGUCUCCAGAUCAGCACCAGCACGGAGGAGGACGGCGGAAAGUACGAGUGUGUGGCCGAAAACACGGAGGGCACGGCCUUCAGUAACCUGGUCAGCCUUUACGUGAGGGUGCGCCGAGUGCCGCCGCGCUUCAGCAUGGCACCGGAGUCUGUGUACGAGGUGAUGCCCGGCGCCUCGCUCAGCAUCACCUGCGUGGCCGUGGGCUCCCCGAUGCCGUACGUGCAGUGGAAGAAGGAUAUGACGGUAGAAAUGACGGAAAACCUCAUCACCAAGAAUGUUUUGCAACUAGACAACAUUCAGGAAUCCGCCAACUACACGUGCCAGGCCCAGUCCACCCUCGGCCUGGUGACCAAGGACGUGGCGGUCAAGGUGCAAGCGCUGCCACGUCCCCCAGACUCAGUGAGGAUCAGCGACAUCAUGUCCACUUCUGUCAGAGUCACGUGGUCUUAUGACGUGAGCCCCGGGGACGUGUCCUACUACGUGCUGCAGUACAAGCCCCGCCACGCUGACCGGGACUACGCCGAGAUCUCAGGCCUCGUCACCAAGUUCUACACCGUCAUCAACCUGACGCCCUUCACUGACUACGAGUUCCAGGUCUUAGCCGUCAACAAAAUUGGUCGCGGUCCUGCUUCUGAGCCGGCUUACGUCACCACGGGAGAGACAGAGCCUGGAAGUGCACCACGGAAUGUUCACGUGCGGCCGCUGUCGUCCUCCACCAUGGUGAUUCAGUGGGAUGAACCCGAGACUCCGAAUGGGCAAAUAACGGGCUACAAGUUGUACUACACCACCAACCCAUCACUGCCAAUACAAUCAUGGAAGAGUCAACCUGUACAGGACAACAAGCUCACCACCAUCAGUGACCUCACCCCUCACACCAUCUACACCAUCCGGGUCCAGGCUUACACUGGCAUUGGUCCAGGACCUCUUUCUGAUCCUGUGAAAGUAAAAACACAGCAAGGAGUACCCAGUCAACCAACCAACUUGCAUCCCUCACGAGUGACUGCUACUUCAAUUGAACUAAGCUGGACCAGGCCAUCACAUCAAGGGGAGAAUAUUAUUUCAUAUGAACUCUACUGGAAUGAUUCUACCACAUCGAAGCAGGAACAGCGUAAUAUACCUGAAGGGGAAAGCUACACUUUGGAAGAUCUUCAGCCAAACACUGUUUAUAGCCUGUGGCUUGCUGCUCGCUCCCAGAGGGGUGAGGGAGCUGCCACUGCUCCCACGUCAGUCCGCACUGAUCAAGACACACCAGGAUCACCUCCUAGUGAUAUCAGGGCCAAUGCUGAAGAUUCUGAGAGCAUAAGAGUUGAGUGGAAACCUCCACCUCUAGACAAGCAGCAUGGAGACAUCACCUACUACAAGCUUAUGAUUGUCAACAACUCAAGACCAGACUCCGAUGCUUCAGUCAUUACAAUAUCAGAUCCCAAUCAGUUUGAAUACCUCAUCACAAACCUCAAGAAGUGGACCGAGUACAGAGUGUGGAUGCUGGCUGGAACAGUCAUAGGUGAUGGGGUGAAAUCUGAAGCACUGUUUGUGCGCACUGAUGAAGAUGUGCCUGGUGAGCCCCGGAAUGUUAAGGGGGAAGUAAUAAACAGUACCAGCAUUGAGGUGACCUGGACUCCCCCAGAUGAGAAGGAGCGACAUGGCAUUAUCAGAGGCUACCAGAUACAUGUUCAGAACGUUAAUCGGGGAAAUGAUAAUACCAGUCCUGCACAGAUUCCCCACACAAUUCAUAAUGGUGAAGCCACACGUUAUGUUGUUGGCGGCCUUACCCCAGACACUAAAUACCAGAUUCAGGUGUCAGCCAUUACAAGAAAAGGAGAUGGUACCAGGUCAACACAUGUAGCAGUAGAGAUGCCAGGAGGUGUGCCCAACAAACCAGCUCUUCUUGUUAAUGGCACAGUCAGUGGAUAUAAUGGAAAACUGGUAGUAAAUGUGGAAUGGUCAACACCUACUGAAACAUAUGGAGAAAUUAAAGGUUAUCGCCUCAGAUAUGGACCAAGGGGGGAACAUCUUGAAACCAUUACACUGGAAGGUGCCUCAAUGUUGCAAAAAACAUUGAAUGAUCUACAACGAGGCAUCGAGUAUGAGAUUCGUGUGGCUGGACGUAAUCACAUCAACUAUGGGCAAGAAGCUGUCAAAUUUUACGUCACUCCCGAAGCAGCUCCUUCUGGACCUCCCACUAAUAUCACUUACAGAUUUCAGACUCCAGGAACAAUUGUGUUCACAUGGGAUCUGCCAAAGCCCAACAAGAGAAAUGGUGUCAUUACAUUGUAUGAGCUCCAAUUUAGUAAGAAUGUGAUCUUGAACAAUGAUUUCAAACACGACAAGAAUAUCUCAGAUGGCACAAGAAUUGUAUUUACGGGAUUAGAAGAAAAUAUGGAUUACACAUUCAAGGUGCGAGCCUGGACUUCCAUGGGACCUGGACCGUACAGUGAAACAUUACACCUGCACACGGAGCCAGACCUUGUCCGUGCCCCAAUGAACCUCCAGGGUAUGGCAACAUCAGACUCUUCAAUAGAAAUAUGGUGGGAGCCAGUACCCUCCCGGGGUAAAGUUAUUGGUUAUCAGGUGUUUUAUACAAUGUCUCCAGUACCUGACUUGGAUUUAUGGGAUGAAAUAAAAGUUGCUGUGACACAUUCAGCUGAACUGCAGAACCUUGAACGUCAUGCUGAAUAUGCCAUAGCAGUGGCUGCUAGAACUGCUUCGUCAAAUUUGCCUCUUCAGGGACUGGGCCGGCUGUCAACACUCAAGGAAAUAUGUGUGAAGCCUGUAGAUGUCCCAAUGCAUUUACGAGCUCAUGAUGUAACCACACACUCAGCAAAUCUGACAUGGGGUCCACCCAUUCAGUUGAAUCCCUUGCAUUUUAAGAUAACCUAUAGUGCUGUAAAGGAGUUUGUUGAUGCUCAAGGUGUCACCCAAGUCCAGAAGAUCCCAACAGUUCCUCGUAUUGUCAGUAAUCGAAAGUUUAGUUAUGUCAUUGAGGAACUGCGGCCUUUCACUACUUACACUGUUAAUGUCACUGCUGUGCCUCAAACUAGCGAAUACCGUCCACCAGCAAAAAUUACUGUAACUACACAGAUGGCUGCUCCCCAGCCUAUGGUGAAGCCAGAUUUCUAUGGAGUGAAGGGCAACCAUGAAAUAGCCAUGAUCUUGCCACAAGCUUCAGAAGAAUAUGGUCCCAUUGCCUUCUACUACCUCAUUGUUGUGCCAGAGGACAAGAUAAACUCUUUCAAGAAUCCAGACCAAUAUCUUACUGAUGAUCUUAUAGCAAAUAAAGCAGGAAGCAAAGAAGCUCUUGCAGAGGGUCCAUACAUUGCUGCAAAAUUUCUGCAAAGAAAUAUUCCUUAUUCAUUUUCCCUUGGUAAUGGAGAGAUAUAUGAAGGGUUCAAAAAUAGGCCUCUACAGAAGAAAAAGAGGUACAAGAUUUUUGUCAGAGCAGUUGUGGAUGCCCCUGGUCAACAUUUGUACACUUCAUCACCCUUCUCUGCAUACAUCUCGCUUGAUAUGCGUCCAGCACCGUUUGGAAAACUGCCCGAGAGGCCAAACCCGUAUGCACCAACAAAUGAAUCUAAUGACUAUGUUGAAGUGAAUAAGAAUGAUAUGGAGAUGUUGAUGAUAGUUGGUCCUGUGAUUGGAGCAGUUUUGGUGGUUGUCAUCUCCCUCUUCCUCUUCCUCUUCGUUUGGAAACGUCGCCGUCAGCCAAAAUCCCCAGACCAAGCCCAGGUUACAAAGCCACUGAUGGCAGAUCUCGGUGGGGGACAUGGAGGUGGAGGAGUCGGUGGUGGUGGUGGAGGAGGUGUUGGUAUUAUUCCAGCUGCUCCUCUGGACCCUGUGGAAAUGCGAAGAUUGAAUUUCCAGACUCCUGGUAUGAUUUCUCAUCCACCAAUUCCUAUUUCACAACUGGCUGAACACAUAGAGAGACUGAAGGCCAAUGACAAUCAGAAGUUCUCCCAAGAAUAUGAGUCUAUAGAUCCAGGCCAGCAGUUUACCUGGGAAAAUAGCAACCUGGAGAUUAAUAAACCAAAGAACCGAUAUGCAAACGUAAUUGCGUAUGACCAUUCAAGAGUGGUUCUCCAGACGCUAGAAGGAGUUCCUGGUAGUGAUUACAUUAAUGCCAACUUCUGUGAUGGUUACAGGAAACAGAAUGCAUACAUUGCAACUCAAGGUCCUCUGCCAGAAACAUUUGGUGACUUGUGGCGAAUGCUUUGGGAGCAGCGAUCAUCCACCAUUGUCAUGAUGACGAAACUGGAAGAGCGAACAAGGAUAAAAUGUGAUCAGUAUUGGCCUGCCAGGGUGGCUGCUACUGAAACCUAUGGAAUAAUGCAUGUCACACUUACUGAAGUACAAGAAUUGGCUACAUUUACUCUUCGGACCUUCCAGCUUCAAAAGUCUGGGAGUCUGGAUCGGCGUGAGAUUCGGCAGUUCCAGUUCACAGCCUGGCCAGACCAUGGUGUUCCUGACCACCCCUCUCCAUUCCUCAUGUUCCUCCGCCGUGUGCGUCACAUGAACCCUGCUGAUGCUGGCCCCAUUGUUGUCCACUGCAGUGCUGGUGUUGGUCGAACAGGUGCAUUCAUUGUGAUUGAUGCCAUGCUGGAGAGGAUAAAGCAUGAAAGAACUGUUGACAUUUAUGGCCAUGUUACUUGUCUUCGAGCACAGAGGAAUUAUAUGGUUCAAACAGAAGACCAGUACAUUUUCAUUCAUGAUGCACUGCUGGAGGCUGUCAUUGCUGGUGUCACAGAAGUUCCUGCUCGAAAUCUGCACGGACACAUUCAGAAGCUUAUGGCUGUUGAACCUGGAGAGAACGUCACCGGCAUGGAGCUUGAAUUCAAACGACUGGCAAACAUCAAGGCUCAGCCAUCAAGAUUUGUUAGUGCCAACCUGCCAGUUAACAAGUUCAAAAACAGAUUGGUGAACAUUCUACCGUUUGAAGGAAGUAGAGUCUGCUUGCAACCUCUGCGUGGCACUGAGGGUUCUGACUACAUAAAUGCCAGCUUUAUUGAUGGCUACAGGUACCGCUAUGCAUAUAUUGCAACACAGGGUCCACUCCAAGAAACUGUGGAUGACUUCUGGAGAAUGCUGUGGGAACACAAUUCUACAAUUGUGGUCAUGCUCACAAAACUCAAGGAAAUGGGAAGGGAAAAGUGUUACCAAUAUUGGCCCAAUGAACGAUCUCAGCGAUACCAGUUCUAUGUGGUUGAUCCCAUAGCAGAGUAUAAUAUGCCUCAGUACAUUCUCAGGGAAUUUAAGAUAACAGAUGCUAGAGAUGGCCAGUCUCACACCAUACGACAAUUCCAGUUCAUAGAGUGGCCUGAACAGGGUGUGCCAAAAUCAGGGGAAGGCUUCAUAGAUUUUAUUGGUCAGGUGCACAAGACCAAAGAACAGUUUGGUCAGGAUGGUCCUAUUACUGUCCAUUGCAGUGCUGGUGUUGGUCGCACUGGAGUGUUCAUCACCCUAAGUCAAGUUUUGGAGCGUAUGCAGUAUGAGGGUGUUGUUGACCUGUUCCAGACCGUCCGCAACUUGCGCACACAGCGCCCAGCAAUGGUUCAGACAGAGGAGGAAUACAGGUUCUGUUACUUGGCUGCUCUAGAGUAUCUGGACAGCUUUGACCAUCUUGUGGACUGACUAACGAGACCUGCUGGCUCCCGCCCUCUGUCAAUAUGGACAUAAAAUGAGUGCUGUGUUUGCUCAGAGGCUGUAGGAAGUGCAAAACUAAGCAAGGAUUAGAAAUAUAUCACUAUUCUCAAAAUGAAGCAUUUAUACAUGUCAAAAACAAAGGCUCAGAAAAUAAUGUGUAUACCAAAUACUACACCCGAGGUACUGGCAGGUGAAAAUUUACCAACAAUAAGUUUAGUAAUCACUGAGGUAGAACUGCUUUUGAAAAAGUCUUGAGGAAGUGCAAUAAGUAAAAAGACGUGAGUUGUAAUCAAAACAUGCAUGAAAAAAACUGUACCCUUCAGGAAAAAAAGGAUGAAUUGCAAAGCUGUUUGGUGGUGGCUUACGUAGACAUUAUUAAGCGACUGCCACCACGUUACUGACAGUGAUACUAUUAGUAAAACCAAGCUGCCUUCCUAUAACUGUAGCAAGUAUAAGUAUUUGCCUCUACUGCCACUGAAGAUGAAAACUGUAAUUAGAUUUUUGUGGAUAUGUUAAUAAUCCAUUGCGUUAUGCCAUGACAUGACCAAAAUGUAGCUCUACUUCCUAAUAAAUUUGUGAAAUGAUUGUGAAAGAAUUGAUGAUCUACAGUUAAAAGUGGAUUGCAUCAGCCUACAAUGUCUCAAGAUUAUAGGAUGUGGUGCUACCAAAGAAAAAACGAUGGAAAUUUUCAACAGAGGUGGGCUGAAGCAUGGCCAAUCAGCUUGGUUGUCAUCAGGUCGGAAAUACAGGUUUCACUGAUCAUGUGUAUCAUAAGUGUCAGUACAUGAUAAAGAACCUGACAUAAUAGAAAAAUGUGCUACAAAACUUACUGCAUAAAUGGAACAUCAUAAGUGCUUUCACAAACUGUAGUUUUAAGUCAAUGAUGUCUACACACAAAGUACAUAUAGAAAUAUAUCUGUGUAAAUAGGCAGCAUCUCAUUAUCUCUUACACCACAAAUGUGUAACUGGAGAUCUGAAAACUAAAUUGUUAAUCCUAGGACAUUAACAUUCCAUUCAUGAAUGUAAUUUUAAUUUCCUGUGUACUGCACAAUGGAAAAAUGCCCUCACUGAAGAUUUUAAGGAAAAUUACACAUUGAAGUAAUUUUACUUUUUCCCUAACAAAUUGGCAACGUGAAUUCAUAGAAAAUCACCUUGAAUAUAUUUGUUAUAUAAGUGUUAUAUAGGUGUGAGUAAAGCCAUGUCAAUUUGUAUCCUAAAAAAAGUUUUUGAUUUAUCAUAUACAUAUAUAUAAUAGAACAGGUGGGCCAAGUCUGAUGCAGCAAUACAAGGUCUGGGAGAUCUUCAACAAGGUUCAAAUCUGUUAGCCAGUUUAUGAUUUGAUGAAAUUGAAAUGUAUCCAAUGGAUUUUCUUAUUUAUACUAAAUUUGAGGAAGAAAAACAGGAAAGAUGCUAUCACUGAUGGGUAGCAUUUUACAAUUUGUAUUUAAAGUUGAUAUAAUGUAACAAUGCAUGUUGGUGUGUGAGAGCGAGCGAGAAAGAGAGAAUAUGAUUGACUUUUUUUAAUCAAUUGCAAGAUUAAGUUUUAUAUGACAAGAUUUUGUAAGUAGACAUAAAACAGCAUAGCUUGCUGAUGAAAAUGCUUCAUAGUGUUAAUUUAAUUUUAUUCAGCUUAGGAGGCAAACAUGUCUGAAUUGUGUUUGUAACACAAUGCAGAAAUAUUUCUACAGUUUCUUAGUUGAUAAAUUUGAUGUGACUUAAGAGGUGCAUAUCACUUAUGUUAAUGUUUUGUAAAAACCUGCCUACUAUAUAGUUAUAAGUGCCACAUUCUAAAUAUCUGCUUACUACGGAAAAGUUGAAACAGUUCCAUCAUACAUACACACUUUUAUGGAAAGACAAAACUAAACAGGUUAUCAGUGUUAUAUAAUAUACAUAUCGCAUUUUGCCUUGAGAUGCUGUGAUUCAUACUAAAUAUCUGUAUUCUUACAGCAAUAGAAGUGGUGGUAUUAGUCUCAAUAUUGAAGAUUAUGUGUACAGUACAAUCCUAUGAACAAGAGCUUGAUGAACAUUACACUCUGGAUACUGUGUGAGUGAUGAUGCUUUGCAUCACAUGCUGUCAUGCAUAAGCUCAAAAGAGAGAUGAAAGGUGAUAUGGCAUUUAAGUAUUAUUGAAGUUGCCAUUAAUUAUGCAGUUAAAUGUAUUGAUUGGAUAACCUGAAGGACGCAUUUUGCAUAUGAAUGAUUAUCACUAACUCAGGAGAGAGAUUGAAAAAAUACAGUGCAGAGUAACACUGUAAGCAUAAUAAGCCCACGUUGAGAGUUACUUCUCUUCUUCGUAGAAAUGUUUACAACAUUCAUGCCUGUGCCCAUCCACUCUGCAAGUGUGGUCAUCAAGAUUUUUUUUUUCUUUCCAUUACAUAUCUUUAUUUGUAAUAAUAUUAUGUGUGUACAGUAAAACCUCACCAACAUUGAGCAGGUAAUGAUGAAACAGGUUAAAAUUAUUCUGGUGUUAAUCUUUUAUAAAAUCUAACAAUGUGGUAUUAUUUUCUUCUAAGUCUAAACUGGGUACAAUUGCUGUAAUAUUUCAGUUUUGAAGAUUAAUAAUAAUUCCUCCAUAAUUAUUUCUUGAGGUUUUAGUUUUUAACUUGUCUACAAAUACCAGCAAUGUAAUGUUGUGAGGUUUCUACUAUGAUUUGUGAGGUUUCUACUAUGAUAAAAAGUUUGCUACAUAUCUUUAAGAAUAUUUUUUAGAACUCAAUCUACUGAGGCUAUAUUGCAGGCAUUUUUUUUAUGCUUAGAAUCAUAUUUUUUGUUCCAUAAGUUGUGUAUAUGUACUUUUCAUGUUCAUAUUUACAAGAAACAAGCCAAAAAUGCAUCAUCUUUUAGUGUUACUGUUUCUUUUCUAUUUUUCAUGCACUUAUUAAAAAUUUGAUAUGACUAAAUGGUUAAAGUGCAAUGUAAUGCCAUCAGAAUGUUUUCCACUAUGCUGUGGAUACUUAGAACAGGGCACCAUGAAAUAUUUCAGUGCAAUUACUCCAUGUUAUGGCUCUUUCUUCAUUCUCCAGUCAGAAUUUUAACAUUUUCAACACAGGCAUGUUCAACAUACAUCCAUAAUGGCAGGAAAAUAGUUAUUGAUAUUGAAGAGUUGUCUUAAAAAUAAAAUAUUUUAAUUUUAAACAAAGGAAAAUCAUGAAUGUAUCUGAUAUACCAGCAGUGUUACAGAAACCUAAUUUCCCUGUUUGUCUUCUUACAUUUUACUUUUGCUUUGUACUGUUAUGUUCAGUGGUAUCUGGAAUGAGGACAUGUUCACAUGUAUAGUAGGCAGUGCUUGAGACAGGUCUGUACGGAUACUUGUCAAUACAACAUACAUUAUGUUUAUACUAGUAGCUGGCAAUAUUUUGUAAUUCACACAUGUGAUGUAACAUAUUGGAAAAUAAAAAAAUGAAUUUGAA